GACGGACUCCUUACGCGCAUGCGCGCGAAGACCUGACGAAAGAGACCCUCGGCGAAAGACAAAAAGUCUGGGAACAAAGUGCUACCGGCCUGCCGCACUUCGGAGCGGGGGCUGUAUUAUUUGGAUCCGGCACUCAUGAGCUACACCGCUUUAACAACGGGCGGGCACGGGGAGAAGCUGUGUCAUCGCUUUGCGUGUCGCUUUCCCCUCUGGUAUUCCUCUGAUAUUCUGCUGAAGAAAGCCGCAGCUUGGCUCAAGGUACAGUUGAAAAAAGUAAACGUCUGAUAUGAAAGCAAGUGGGACCUACAGAAAAAUAUUGCAGUACAGAAAAGGAGAAAACUCAUAGCAGAUCAGAAUGGACACUUACUUUAGAGCAGCAGUCUCUGAUUUGGACAAACUCCUUGAUGAAUUUGAACAAAGCACAGAUGAACUUGAAAACAACAGAAAUUUAAAUCCACAUGAUUCUAAACACCACUUACUUUCUUCAGAAUUAGAUUUCCAGCAGCCAAAAUUCUUGGGCCAAAAUGUGCAAGAAAAUAUUAGCUGUCCUACAGCAGAUGAACUUUCAUUGUUCACUCAGACUUCAAAUGUAGCAAAUUUUGAACUCGACUCUGAACAGAAUGAGAAAAAUGUCACUGGGUUAGAUCUUCUGUCCAUGGUGGAUAGUGGUGCUUCAGAUAAAAAUCAGCCUUCUUGCCUGGGUCGAUGCAGUAUACCUGUCUGUGAUCUCAUCAGUGACACAGGUAAUUUGAGCCACACAAAAACUAAUUCAGAAUGCAUUCAAAAGUUGCAGCCAGCUGACUCCCAGUGUAGUCUUUCUCUUAUUGGCUUGGAGAUAGCAUUGCUACCAGAAACUGGUAGUAAUUGCUCAGGUGAUCAUAACACUGAUUCUGGUACACAGCAACAGAUUGAUGGAAAGGAGAUACUAUUCAAUACAGAAUAUAGCACAGCUGAAAAACAGACUCAACUGACACCAAAGACAGGCAGCCAUUCAGAAACAAAUGUAGUAAACUUUGGUGGGGAUCAUGAAAAGUCAGAAACAUUGAGCAAGAAUGAAUCAUUUGACCAGACAGAACAAGUUACAGGCUUUGACAGUUUACCAGUUUUAGCAACUCAACUAACAUCACUUGACCAUAGUUCCAAAAAUGAGUCAACAUGUGAAAAGCUUCCCUGUCAACCAUUAGUGGAUCAGAACAAGGCAAAAGGUCAAAUGAUACAUGAAGAAAGUGGCAAUCAGAUCAUUUCAAAAGAAGAUAAAACUGAAGCUUCUAACCUACCAAAGAUUCAAGAUUUGAAUAAAAAUGUAUUAUUGCCUAAAGAAGAAAAUCCUCAAAAUGAGAAUAUGUUAGUAUUAGAUAAAACACUUAGUACAAAGGAAAUACCCUGUAAUCUAGAAAAGAAUAUAAAUACAGCUUUAAACAUAGUUGCAACACCAGAGGUCUCUGAAAAUGUACAGACUUCGCUGUCAUGUCUUCCACUUGCUGUUUCUAUGUGUGGGUCAUUGGUUACGACUGAUGACAGUAAUGAAAAUAAUGCUCAGGGUGAAGUAGUACAUGCCGUUAGUUUACAUUCAGAAAAACAGAAAAAUAGCCUUUCUGAAGGGGAUUUGUUGGAAAGAAAAGAACCUUUAGAACAGGAUGAGAGUCUAAACAAAACCAGCCAAUGCUGGCUAGGAAAACCUUCGUCUACAGAUAAAGAGAAAGUAAAUGUUGACAAUACUAUCUGUAAUUGUGAACCAUUCCCACACCAAGACUGUGCAGCUACCUCAAGUUCCUUUCUGGCCCCAUAUACUGAAACGUGCAGCAAUGUUUUGUCUACUGAUACUGGUGACAGAGCUUUAGUUGACCUAGCUGUGGAUGAUGAUAUUGUCAGAAGUGAUAUGCUAGUUAGUGAUGCUGAACUUGAUGCCUUCUUGUCUGCACAUUGUAUUGAAACAAAUAAUUCAAAGCCUCUGAAAGAAGACAUGGAUGAUGGACUGUUGGAAUCAGAUGUUAUUAAUGACAACAUAAUAGGUGCUAACAAACUGGAUACCGGAAGUGAUAGCUUGCAAGCAGAAAUGGAAUUUAAAAAUAUAGAAACCUCUCUUAAUCUCAGCUGUAUAGAAUCCAAUCCUGAAUCUAAUAUAGGGAUUCUGGUGGAAAAAUGCAUGCAAAUUCAGGAAGAGACUACAGAUCACAUAAAUAAAACCAGAAGUGAAAUUUCAGACACUGUAAAAAGCCAGCCUGUGGUGUAUAAUGAAGGUGCAAGGCCAAAACAUCUGUUAAACUUUCCACCAAAAGCAAAAAUAGGUUCUAAAUUUAGUGAUCCAAACAUACCUGGAAGUGAAUCUGAAGUGGUAAAUUCCGCAAACCCAAAUACUCAUGUGUCAGAUGAUAAAACUUGUCUUAAUUCAAGCUUCAGUUAUAAUAAUGAUAAACAGAGCUCCUUGGAAGGCAAAGGAGGCAUACCUGUUAAAGUAGUGGAACAAGCUGUAAUGCUGGGACAGAAGCCAUCUUGGGUUCCUGAUUCAGAAGCACGAAACUGCAUGAAUUGUCAAGCCAAAUUCACAUUUACAAAAAGAAGACAUCACUGCCGUGCUUGUGGGAAAGUUUUUUGUGCUUCCUGUUGCAAUCGAAAAUGCAAACUCCAGUAUUUGGAUAAAGAAGAAAGAGUCUGUAUAAGCUGCUAUGAGUCCAUUAACAAAGCACAGGCAUUUGAAAGGAUGAUGAGCCCAACUGGACCUGGGCCUAAUUCCAGUAUCUCUGAAUAUCCAACUGUUCCACCUUUGCAGGAAGCUCAGACAUCUGGACCAUGCCCUAAAGAACAGAAAAGAGUCUGGUUUGCAGAUGGUAUUUUGCCCAAUGGGGAAGUUGCAGACACAACAAAAUUGUCAUCUGGAAUUAGAAGAUCCCCACAAGAACCAUAUCCUGUUCAAGGUCCAAGAAAUGACACUGGUUGUGCAACAACUGACAUAAAACCAAAAGAUGACUCACCUGUUGCUGGAAGAACUGAAGUCUUGAGUUGUCCUACUUCUGUUCUUCUAGAAGAUGACACAUUAUCCAAUAAAGAACAACCCGAGCUGCCAUGUAAUUCUGACUGUCUGGCUACUAAAGAAAAAGCUGAAUUUCUGUCAAGUAAUUAUGACUGUGGAAUAGCAGCUGUUGCUGAAUACUCAACUAUUGUGGAACUAGCAAGGCAUCCUGUUCCUGACACAGAGAAUAAAAUUUGUGAUGAACCAGUUAGCCCACUGGAUUACAAGAUGCUUUGUGAUAUUGAAAACUAUGUAAGCAAAGAGAUAAGCCUUAUUCCUGAGGAUGAUGGAUUGCCGCCUCUUUUGUUUGCAAGAGGAGAAAAGCACAAAGAGUCCUUGGUGGAACAACAUCCUUCCCAUAAGCAAGUUAGCUUACUGCUUGAAGAAUCUAAUCCACUAACAUUCAUCCUAAAUGCAAACCUACUUGUGAAUGUCAAAUUACUGCCUUAUUGUUCAGAAAGAUGCUGGUACUUCUCAACCAAUGGACUGCAAGGUUUGGGGCAAGCAGAAAUUAUUAUACUGUUAGUUUGUUUGCCAAAUGAAGAAGAUAUUCCUAAAGAAAUCUUCAAACUAUUUAUCAACAUAUAUAAGGAUGCCAUAAAAGGGAAAUUCAUAGGACAUCUGGAAAAUAUUACCUUCACUGAAGAUUUUCUUGGAAGCAAGGAGCAUGGUGGAUUCCUGUUUGUUACCCCAACUUUUCAGAAACUAGAUGAUCUUUUAUUACCAAAACAGCCUUUUUUGUGUGGCAUUCUUAUUCAUAAACAGGAGGUACCUUGGGCUAAAGUUUUUCCAAUUCGUUUGAUGUUGCGUUUGGGAGCAGAAUAUGGGGUGUACCCAACUCCUUUAACAAGUAUCAGGCACAGAAAGCCACUGUUUGGAGAUAUAGGACACACAGUCAUGAACUUACUUGUUGAUCUUCGGAACUAUCAGUAUACAUUGCAGACAAUAGAUAACUUACUUAUCCAUUUGGAAGUAGGUAGAAGUUGCAUUAAAAUACCUCUGACAAGAUAUAAUGAAGUGAUGAAAGUGAUGAAUAAUUCCAAUGAACACGUCAUUAGCAUUGGAGCAAGCUUUAGUUCUGAGGCAGAUUCUCACUUGGUUUGUAUACAGAAUGAUGAUGGAGUCUAUCAGACACAAGCAAACAGUGCUACUGGACAUCCUAGGAAAAUUACAGGUGCAAGUUUUGUUGUGUUCAAUGGAGCCCUAAAAGCAUCUUCUGGAUUCCUUGCUAAAUCCAGUAUUGUUGAAGAUGGAAUAAUGGUACAAAUAACUCAGGACACUAUGGAUGGCUUACGUCAAGCUUUAAGAGAAAAAAAGGACUUCAGAAUUACAUGUGGCAAAGUAGAUUCAGGAGAUCUGAGAGAAUAUGUAGACAUUUGCUGGGUAGAAAAUGAAGGAAAAACAAAUGUGAGAGUUACAAGCCCAAUAGAUGGGAAGUCUAUGGAAGGAGUUCAGAGUGAAAAGAUUGUUCAAGAAGAGUACUUUGAAAUGAAUGAAAAACUUAUAAAGUGUACAGAAGUGUUCUACCUCUUAAAGGCCAGUAAGCUCUACAGUCAAACCCAUCAGCUUGCUAAAGAAAUUGCAUUGGCCUCUUGUAAUGCUCUUCAUUGGCAUCUCAAAACGCUGAAAAGUAAUGGAAUGAACAAAAUAGGCAUUAGAGUCUCCAUGGAUACGGACAAGGUGGAGUACCAAGCAGGAUCUGGAGGCCAGCUUCUUCUACAGCAUUACCUUAAUGACCUGGACAGUGCUUUGAUUCCUAUAAUUCAUGGUGGAACAUCAAAUGCUACAAAUCUGCCACUGGAAAUAGAAUUAAUAUUUUUCAUUACAGAAUCUCUGUUAACAUAACUGGCAUGUAUAUUAUGGUGUAGUGAACUGAAUUGCUGACACUGAGCAAUACCAAAGCAGUUAUAUUACACCAUGAGCAAACUGUUCAGGAUUAUUUUUUUUAAACCAAUGAUUUAGCAGUAGAUUUUUAAAGAGAAUUUUGACUUCUGAAAAGCAAUGUGCAUUUCUCCUUAACCUCAACAUGAAAACUCCAUUUAAACAUGUACAGUUCCCUAAUGUUCUGAAACUUUACACUUAAUACAGCCAUGAAAAAAGCAAGGAAGGCUUAAAACUAGAGUGUUUUUCAAGCAAGUCUUUGUGGUGUUCCUUUUAGUUAAAUGAAGUCUGAGUUAUUAACUAAUUUUGGCUUUUAAAAAAUAUUAACCUAUUUAAGUAGGAUGAUUUCUAGUUGAAUAGUUUCAAAUAUAAAAGCUGUUGAUUUAUAAAGAAUUCUGGCAUACUUAAAAUGUCUAAGAUAGGUUUGCACAAACUAAUAUUAGCUGUACAAAAACUGAGCAUGUUUUUGCUAGAUGUGAUAAUUUUGUAAGGCUCUGGUUUUUAACAUUGAUGUUUUGAAGUGUAUAAUGAUGUUCCCAACAAAUCACUUUUUGAAUGGCUGACUUUCGUAUACAUUUAUAAUGGAAUUAUUGAACAUAAAAAUUAAUAUUCUGUAUAUUUAAUUCCUACUUAAUUUCCUUCUGUGCUCAGAUGUGCAAUUGUUUCUUGGAUUUACCAAGAAUGAGUAAGAAUCCAGAUGACCCUUAAAGUAGUCAUCCUGUAGCAGUAAAUCAGGCAUGAAGCCUGACUGUGCUCCAUUCUCUAAUUUUUGAGACCUCUUUGUAUCCCUGUUUAUUUUCAGGGAGAACAAUGUAUUAAGUGUGAAUUUUCAUGAACAGUUAGUUGUAACAUACCUGAGGCUCUUUAUACAGUACUUAUUUUUAUAAUGGGAUGUAUUCAGAAAAGAAGUGCUUAUGUUUGAGCGUGAUGAUAAGGGUUUAUACUUCAGUUUUGAUGAUGCCUGCAUAAUGUUCCUGUUCAUUAUGCACAGAAGUAGAUUGUGUGCAUGCGCAUGCGUAUGUGCACAUGUGCAUAUCUGUGUCUGCCCAUGUGUCUUUCAUGUGUGAUUAAAAUGUUGCAAUAUUAGACUGCAAACUUACUGCAUUCUAAUUGUAUCUAGAUGCUUUAUAUAACUGUAUCUACAUGGUAGGGUAUGUUUACAUUCUAUCAAAAAUACAGUUUUUAACUAAAAUGUUUGAGAACCUAUGUUAGAGUGUCCUAAAAUACUGUGUUAACAUAAGCACCUGGUAUCUAUUAUAGUUGAACCAAUGCACUCCUUUGUGUUAAGAAUUAAAAUUUGUGGGCCAGUUCAGGAUUACUGUAACAUUUAUCUUCAUAUAAGAUAUCUUUUGAUCAUCUUCUGAUAGCAGUGAAUACAGGAAAACAGCUGCUGGAAAGAAUGCCUAGUGUCUCAAAUACUAACUUCCAUAGGUAGCCAUGGCUUGUACAGAAUAAUAUUGCAUAGAAGCAGUUGCAAUCAUAAUGGCUUUGUUCUCUCGAAAUUGACUUUGCUUUAUACUUUAUAGAUACCUAACAAAAUUAAAGUUUCAUUUUAUCAUCA